ACGGGCAAACGUGCGCGACGGAUCGUGUUCGUGCAUUCCAGCGUCGCGCUUUUAAUAAUAGAUGAAAAACGUGGGCGUUUGGGCCGAAAAAAGAACGAAGACAAAGCGUCAAGGGUCGAGCGUCGGAUGUAUGCAAGACUUGGAGACUGGAGUGCGCGGAGUGCGAAUCGCGGGGAAAGAAUGCAGCUUAGCUCGUCGCUCGUUCAUUGUUAUACGCGAUUCUAGAAAUGUUUGCGAACGAAUCGAUAAGAAUCGGAAUUUGAAUGCCAUUGGGCUCGCCAGGUUUCUGCGUCGGCGUCGGCGUCGACGUCGACGUCGACGUCAGCAUCGCUGUCAAUUGGGCAAUUAAGAGACAAACGGAGAUUGAAAGGAAAGUGUACGCGACACGGAAUAGAGGAACCUCGAGACGCGGGAGCAAAGUCAGUUGGAGAGACGCGGCGAGGGAGAAGAGAAUUCAUGAGAGAGGACCGUCUCGAGGGAAAGAAAGGUGUUCGGAGAUCAGCUGAACGUCGAAAGUAACGAGCGCGAAUAAGUACUCGUCGAUGGAAUCCCGGAGAACCGUGAAAUGGGAGUGUCGAGAGUAAUCGUGGACCAAGAAUCAUUCAGAAAUGACGACGUUCGCGCAAAAGAGCCUCUUGGGUUUGACGAUACUGACCACCGUUGCUUUGCUAGCUUUGCUGGCUUCGAAAAGAUUCGGUCCCGAACCGCGAAAAAGAGAUGGGAUCUUGCUCGAGAUGCUUAACAACGUUAGCACCGAGUUGGACAGACUCGACUCGGGUUACGACGGUAUAACCACGCAGAUGGAUGUUGCGAAAGUUCGUUUGGCGCAGUUGAUCACUUUGCAUCGCGAGAAUCUUCUGGUAUGCGCGAUACUCCGGGAGAGGCGAAACAAAUCCAUCUCGGGAAGAAUAUCGGAAACCGACGGGACGAGGUCGCGCGGUGGCUUCCAGUGAACCGCUCGAUCCUCUUCAGCGUCCGAAGGAUCCAUCGGCCACGUCGGUUCCUCUUCCUUUCCUUCCCUUGUUGUCUCUUCGGGCAUCGAUUCUCCUCGCGUCGAUUACUAUUGAGUCGAGUAUAAAUUGCCCUACCGCGUGAAUCCAUGUAUACAUGUUUGCGAAAUCCAUGCAUAAUGGAGUUGGCAGCUUGGCGGAGGAAAAUCACGCGUCGUUUCGUGCGGUCGCGUCAAUUAGAAACGCUUGGCACGUUCUCGUGACGACGUGACGUUAUCGCUCUUCCAGUGUUUGCAAUUUUGCAUUAUUCGUGGGACCUGCCUCUUAUCGCGGGGAUCACUCCUCCUUUAUUAUUGCAUUCUUUGAGUCGACACGGUCGAACAUUUGGUCGAACGGUGCUGCUCCAGAGUAAUAUUUUGUUAUAUUAAAACGUGGGAGAUGCCUGUGGAAUAAAAGAAAAAAAAAGGGACGUUGACUUUUCUUGGUAGUAAGUAUACGCGUAAAUAAAUGUUGUUGACCCUCGCAGAGGUCAUUCAUGAAUCGAUGCAAAAUAAUGUUCUACGGUUUUCCAAUAAUUCGGCUGUGUAAGGUAUGCGAGACCUCACCAAGGUGUGAUAAAUAUUCGCUAAGAGGGACCCAAUUUUAAUUACCAAGAAAAGUUAAUGUCUUCCAACGUUUUAUAUAUUUUGCAAAUAAUAAAGUAAAGUAACUUGUUUGAUAUUGUUUACACUAGCCUGUUGUAUCAUUUAAAAUUCUAUUAACGGUACUGGCUGUGUUAACUUAUAUUUUUCACGGACAUAACGAUUAGAUAUAUUUAGGUAUCGAUGUUAAUAGCAACGUAAGAAAUGCACGGAAGCACGAUAAGGAAAUUGAAGUAGAUUUAUUUAUGUAUACGUUUCUAAGCGAAAGAUGUAUUCGCUUGAAUUACCGAGAGAGAUCAAUAUUUUCUAACAUUUUAUGUCUAUUACGAUAGAUACUAAAUAAAAUAAUUUACUUGAUAUAAUUUACCAUACGCUGUCGUAUCAUUUAUAAUUCUAUUAACGCUACUGGCUGUGUUGAUUUAUAUUUUUUACGGAUAUAAUAAUUAGAUUUCGGCAGCGAUGUUAAUAGAGUUGUAAGAAAUGCACAGAAGCACGAUAAGGAAACUUUAGAUAACAGAUUCCCCUUUAUCUCUUCAACUACCAUCACUGCCUUAGUUCUGUAACGUGCCAACCGUGGCGCUGGGAAUUCAUUUAUCAAAAUAUCUGCGCAGUAGAAAAAAAAUGUCAUUAUCGUUAGGCCGCAAAGUAGCUUUAAUACUAACCAAGAGUACUCUGUGGUUAGGCAAUCGAGAUACUACAACUUUCCCGCUUUCCCUUUCACUUUCUUCUCAUUCCCAACGCAUCGGUCUUACUGUUCUCUACUCUAACCGUCACUUGAUACCAUCAAGGUCGUCCAUCGUUCAGCACCGACCAGAAGAAUGUCAGGAAAGACAGGUUGCUCUAGCUGCGGCGGCCCUGGUUACAGAUCGCCCAAAGCGGCGAUGACGGAAGGCCCACGCGAAAAGCUAAUGUACGUCGUCUGCAUUCAUACGGAUCCAAACAAAUCGGAUGUUUUGUCCACCGUCGAUGUGGAUCCUGCUAGUCCUACUUACUGCAAGAUCAUUCACAAACUGCGCAUGCCUCACGUCGGCGACGAGCUGCAUCAUUCCGGAUGGAACAUUUGCAGCAGCUGUUACGACAAACCGCGAAAGCGCGAUACUUUGGUGCUUCCAUGCCUGAUGUCGGAUCGUGUCUACUUUAUUGACACGACCAACGAACGGACGCCAUCCAUCAAAAAGGUAUUGUCGCCAGCAGAGGUGAAUCAGUACGGAGUAUCAACGUUGCACACCAGUCAUUGCGCGCCAACCGGAGAGAUUAUGAUUUCCACGUUGGGCAAGCUGAACGGCGACGGAGACGGCAAUUUUCUUUGCAUCGACUCUGAAACACUCGACGUGAAAGGCACGUGGGUAAUGGGAGAGAAAAAGGCAGCCUUUGGAUACGAUUUUUGGUAUCAACCGUACCACGACGUGCUCAUCGCUACCGAAUGGGGUGCACCUAGGGUUUUCAAAAAAGGCUACGAGCCAGGUGCCAGCUCCGAUCCUGCGGUGUACGGCAGGAGUUUGAAUUUCUACUCAUGGAGCGAAAGAAAGUUGAAACAAACGAUAAACCUGGGCGAAGAUGGGAUCGCGCCUCUCGAAGUAAGGUUCCUUCACGAUCCAAAAUCCAGCGAAGGACUCGUGGGAUGCGCGGUCACGUCGAACGUGUAUAGAUUUUACAAAACACCAGAAGGAGGGUGGUGCUCUGAAAAGGUCAUUCAAGUACCGCACAAGCAAGUCGAAGGCUGGAUUGGUUCGCAGAUGUCAGGAAUGAUAACCGACAUAUUGAUCAGCCUUGACGAUAAGUACUUGUAUUUAUCCAACUGGCUUCACGGAGACGUCAGACAAUAUGAUAUUUCCGAUAUCAAGAAUCCAAAAUUAACGGGCCAAAUCUUCCUUGGCGGCUUGAUUCUGAAUGAUUCAAAGGUUCGCGUGGUUAAGGAUGAGGAAUUGACUGCACAGCCGAGUCCUGUUUAUGUCAAGGGACGUCGGCUCUAUGGUUCUCCGCAGAUGCUUCAACUGAGCCUUGAUGGAACACGCUUAUACGUGACCACUUCCAUUUUUAAACCAUGGGACAAACAAUUUUACCCUGAACAUGUCAAGAAUGGUUCGACGAUGGUCAAGCUGGACGUGGAUGUACAAAAUGGCGGUUUGAAACUUGACAAUCAAUUUUUGGUAGACUUUGGCGAAGAUAAGAAUGAUAUAUUGCUUGCACAUGAAAUGCGCUAUCCUGGAGGUGAUUGUACAUCCGAUAUAUGGUUACCCGAAGAUUUGUAGAUUCGUCUAAAUCAAUUUCCUCUGCAUUCUUCGAGAUAUCACUGAUUACGUGCCUGUUAUCCGAGGCAGAUACUCUUCUACUCAAUAUACGUAAAGAUUGGCAUAUUUUGUACAUAAUAUUACAAUUAAAGACUAUUUCUUCAGUCA